AUGCUGGCAACAAUCGCCGGCCCGUCGUCGCCAACCUGGACGAUCGUGCGUCUGUUCGCGCUAUGGAAGGCCGCACUGCUGCUUGUCGCGGCUGGCAGCGCGCUGGUCGGCCCCGCAUAUGACACGUCGGCAAGCCUUCUGCUGGCGCCGGCUUCCAACUCGUCGUCAUCCAUGUUCCUCGCGCGCCUGUCGAGCUGGGAUGUUAUUUAUUUCGUGCAGCAGGCGCAGCGCGGCUACGUCUUUGAGCAGGAGUGGGCUUUUGGCGAGGGGCUGCCACGCAUAAUUACACGAGCGCUUCGAGGACUCAAUGCUGUUGGUUUACUCCUCAAUGGCGGCCUUCAAGCUAUAGCGACUGUGGGCGUCAUCGUCGCGCACGUGUCUCACCUCCUCUCCUCGCUAGCGCUCUACCGGCUCGGUGCCCUCGUGUUGGGUGACCAGCACCAGGCUCUCGUCGCAGCGUGUCUGCACGUGCUGUCCCCCGCCGGGCUGUUCCUCUCGGCCCCGUACGCCGAGGCCGGGUUCUCGUACAUGUCCUUCUUUGGGCUGUACCUCUUCGCCGUGAGCCAGAGCUCCGAUGCCGCGUACGGAGGGAGGCUGAAGAAGGACGGCGCCGUCAUCGUGUCCGGGUUCCUGCUCGGCCGGGCCACCACGUUUCGGACCAACGGCCUGCUGAACGGCGUGCCGUUUGCCUAUGCGUUCUGCCGUGACUGCCUGCGCUUCUCGUCCAAGCCGUCGCUGGUCGGCUUGAGACGCGUGCUCGUGCUCGGCGUCGCGGGCCUCUGCAUCGCUGCGGGAUCGGCCUGGCCGCAGUGGGUCGCGUACACCCGGUACUGCAUUGAGCCGUUGGCAGAGGGCCUCAGUCGCCCGGAGUGGUGCGGCCAGACUAUUCCUAGCAUAUACUCGUUUGUGCAACGCACAUACUGGGGCACCGGCCUUUUCCAAUACUGGACCAUUUCCAACGCGCCUCUGUUCCUGCUGGCAGCACCAAUGUUGUAUAUUCUGAUUAGAUCGGGAUGGGAUAUGGUUAUCGCAUCGUCUGGAGAAUCCGCCGAGGGCUUCAAAAUCGCCGCCACAGGUGACAUGGCCGAUCUGGUCAAGGCUCUUGCUGCGGCACAGAUGAUUCUUGCCGUGAUGGCUCUGACGAGCUAUCACGUUCAAAUCAUCACCCGUCUUUCUUCAGGCUACCCUGUCUGGUAUUGGUGGUUAGCGCAACUUCUUGCGGGUGACAAAAAUGCUGGGGGCUUCGGGCAGGGGGUUGUGACUUUUAUGGUCAUGUACGCCGCCAUCCAGGCAGUCUUGUUUUCGUCCUUUCUCCCACCAGCCUGA